AUGCUCAUUUUAUUCACACGAAAGAGAAACAAGCACGACGUAUGUAUUUUUUUUUUUCUUUUCUUCUUUUUUUUUUUUUCUUUUACUCCAUGUGUGCGUCUAUGUAUGUUUAUAAACAACGGAACGGAGAAGGAAGGAAGGAAGGAAGGAACGAAGGAGAGGGUGCCGGAACAGUUGUCGUGGCAUUGCCAUUACUGUAUAUAUAUAUACAUUUUUGGUUGCAUACAGUUUUUGGUUUGGGAGGGUGGCUACAGCUCAGCUGUCAUUAUGGGCGUUCCAAAGUUUGCGUCAUGGCUAACGAAGAAGUAUCCUGAAAUGGUAUCGGACGUCAUUCCCGCUGAUGUGCAUGGACUCUAUAUUGAUCUCAACGGCCUGAUUCAUCCUUGUUGUCACAGUGAGCGUGACCCUUCCGUUGCAGCACGGCCGGAGGAGGAAAAACUGCAGUGCAUUUGCUUCAAGGUGGAGGUUCUUUUGGCGACAGUGCGACCCCAUGAUAUUUUGUACAUUGCGACGGAUGGUGUUGCGCCAAGGGCCAAGAUGAAUCAGCAGCGCGCUCGGCGUUACAUGAGCCGAGCAAAGAUCGUGAGCUCUGGCACAGAGGUUGUGGAGGAGGUUGUGAGGGAAUUUACCCCAAAUGAGAUGGCAGAGGUCGAUGACGAUCUGGAUGACAUUCGUCAGUUAUUGAUGCAGGAUGCCUUAUACGGUGGGGUCAAUUUUCAGGACGACACAUCAGAGACGUUGAAUGGCGUUGCGAAUAUCGCAGAUUCACUCACUCCUGUCACGCCUUGCCAUGAUAAAAGCAACAACCAUGAGGCCCACGCUGAAGCCUGGGCUGCUUUUGACGGCCUCACGGAUGGCACGCUGGAAGUUACAGAGUUUGAUAGCAAUUGCAUCAGCCCGGGAACGGCAUUUAUGGUGAAGGUCACGAAUGCGAUCCUUACGAUGGUGCAGGAUAAACUGGCCAACGGGGACCCGCUUUGGGCGGGACUUCGUGUGGUAUUCUCCGGGGCCAACACCCCAGGCGAGGGAGAGCACAAGAUCGUUGAUUUUCUUCGCACCCAGUCGUCAUACCCCGGCUUUAACGGAAAGGGGGCGCACGUCAUUGCAGGACUAGACGCAGAUCUGAUCUUUUUGUCGCUCUCGCUGCAUAUCCCACACAUACUUCUUCUUCGAGACAGGGAUAGGAAUCCGUAUGCGGUGAGGAUGCAUGACCGGCACCGAGAGAAGAUACAGGUUCAACCUCAUAAGUUACACACGGAGAGUGAAAAGAAUACCCCCGAUCUUGCACGGGAAUUGGAGGAGAGGACGGAAGGCGACGAGAUUCACGUCGACGCCGAUAACGAAAACAGUAAAAACUCCUCCAGUGAAGGGUCAGGAGAAGGGAAACCGCCGGGUGUGCUAGAGGCAAACACCAAUUAUGAGUAUUAUGACAUUGAUACGCUAGGCUCAUGUAUUGUGUCGGAACUUCAUGGCUUGUGUCAGCUUAAAAACUUUACUCCCAACAACAAGAAAGCUUUUAGUCCGGAACUUCUGGUGUCAUCGAAUGGAUACCACUUUUAUCGCCAUGCGGGGUGCGCCGAUGGCUCGUUACGAAGCGUUUCAAAAGGGGAUGAUAAGAGCCAUCAUGACAAGGAAAGCUGGCGCAAGUUUCUUCCAUGUGCUUCACAAGCGAACAGUAAAGUUAUAGAUGAUUUUAUUGUGAUGGGAAUGCUGAUGGGCAAUGACUUUCUUCCACGUCUCCCUGGUGCGUUUUGCGGUGAGAGUGUCAUGGAUAACCUGCUGGAGUUGUAUGUUUCCAAUGUAUUGCCGUAUGGAUUUCUUACAAGUGGGUAUCAUGAGAUUUAUCUGCCACAGUUACAGCGUCUUCUGCGGUCAUAUGCGAAGAUUGAAACUGUAAAAUUUCGUCGGUUUGCGCUAAGCAACAAAAAAAUGACUCCCAAAGAGGCAGCAGAGCCGCUUUACUCGCCGUUGGACGAGCAAUGGCGACAAACGUACUUGACAUCAACGGGACUUACCGGCAACCUUGAAGAGGCGUGUAAGAAGUAUGUGGAGGGGCUGCGCUUUGUGUGGCGUUACUAUAGCGGGAACGCGUCAACUUGCAGUUGGUCGUGGCACUACCCAUUUCAUCAUGCUCCAUUCGCACUGGACAUUGCUGACUACUUGCAGCGAUGCGACCUUACGAACUUACCGCCCCCACCAUUGGAGACAACGCCUCCUGACAUGUUUUUGCAACUUCUUUGUAUUCUCCCACCGACGAGUCACGCGUUGUUGCCAGCUGUUCUUGGCGACGUUAUGUUGAAUCCACCAGAGGAACUACGGGAGACAUUUCCCAGCAUGUGGCGUGUGGACUACACCGCCGCCUACGGGAAGGAUUAUCUUGCAGAGGUUCUUUUGCCAUUUGCCAACGUGUCAGCACUUCGUGAAGUUGUUGAGUCAUCACGGCCAUAUUUCACGAAGGAAGAGCAAGAACGUGGGCGGCAGAUCAAUUACCACCUUGUGUUGGGUUCACGGACGUCUGGGUUUGAAAUUAACGGCAACAUCUGUGAGCUCAACGCAAACGAUGCUGCCAUAUGGGAUCUUCAGCGAGAGGGGCUGAGGUACAUGCAGCUGUGGGACAGCCCGCCAGAGCGUGGUCGGCCCAAGACAUACUCUUGCACGGCUUUGGUCCCUUGGGUCACGUGCGAUGCGAGGGGACGAGUACACAAACGGGAGCGUUUAUCUCGCAGCGAACGGCGCAAACAUAGGGACGAUGUGCUAUCCGAUGCUUCUGUGACACUGAUCAACAAGGGCCCUUCAUUUGCCGCGUACCUCUUUGGUUUUACGGCAUCUUUCUUGUUGAUGGCCAUGACGCUUUUCCCCUGGCUAUCGCUUUCUAUUUUGCAGGUGCUGGCCGUGAAUCUUACCGCUGUGGCGUUUAGUUUUUUUAUAGGUAUUGCCGUGCAUGACCCCAUUGUUGGGAGCGGCGUUCAGCGCAAUAAUAUUCGCUUUACAUUUGUUGAUUGGCUCUGCGCCGGUUGCCUUUCGUUGAAUUUUUCCUGCAAUGACAAAUGUUUUUGCUGCCGUUUGCCUUUUGAUUCAAAGCGGUGCUUAGCCGUUUUCAGUGGAACACAGUCAGUGACGCCUCCCUUGUACGAUCCCAAUCACGCAGCGUACAUGGAGACUGCCUGCCUUGAAAUACCAGGGCGCAAACCGACGGAUGCAUCUUGA